GGUACGUUGUUGGCACUGAGCGGUAUUAUAAUGAUACCGUUGAGACGGGUGAGUGCCUGGGAGCAGCGUCGCGAUGAGGCGAAACGCAGACGACUCUCCUCCAAGGACAACCGCACUCCGGCCGAGCUCGAACCUCUGAACGCCUCUGGCAAGGAGACGAACGCAGCGAAAUGA